AUGGAAGAAUGGUUCAAAACCUUUCACCUUGAAUUGCUUGACGUUCGCGCAACUGCCUGUGGUCAAGAAGGUCUGUUUGACAGUGCCCUUACUGACGCGCACGAAGUGAUUGAAUAUGAUCCUACUCGUAUUAUUGGUUACCCCUGCGUCGGUGAUCUGUAUGUAGCGCAAGGCAAGCCUGGUUGCGCAAUACAGGUGUAUGAUCAAUGUCUACAACACCUGCGACGACCGAUCACCGGCAACUUGUUAUCAGAGGGUCUUGGAGGUGGACAGGACAACCACCAAGUUCCCAAUCCCAGUACAACUACCAAGGCAACAACAGCAACAGCAGCAACAGAAGCAAAGGAAGCAAAGGAAUACGGAUCUCCUGAAUUGCCGAUUGUUAACGCAACAGCACUUGUGCCCGCUUUCGACGUGCUUCUGGACGGUGCAGCUGAGCAUGUGACAAGUAUUCGGCUAGCGGAUUAUCUUGAAUCGGUCACAGAUCACAUUGUUGCGAGAAUGACAGCCGUACCUCAGCUGCAAUCCUUGUGGAGCUUAUUGAAAGCGGGCGCACGGCGUUAA